AUGAAGAAGCAUAACUCGGCGCCGUACGCGCGGCUUGGCCAGGGGCCUGCGCCGGAUGCCGCGAGCGGUCCACUUCACAACGGCAACGGCACGAGAAGCGCCUCUAGUGAUAGAACUGCCACUGCACCUGGACUGCGUCCCAUCUCCGAGAACCAGGCACAACUGCGGACACCGGCACAAGCUGAUGAGGGUCGUUGUCGGGCGCUAGCAGCUGGUAAGUGA